UACGGCUGGAAGAAUUGAACCCGAUCGCUCUCAUCUUAUUCCUUUUUUUGAAUUGAGGGCCAGUCAAAAACAGCUAGAGACCAUCGUUCCUCUUCUUCCCUCCUCCAAAUUAGGUUUUCGACAGCAAGCAGUGCUCCUCUCUCCCUCCCUCUCUCUCUUGCAUUAACUGGUUCUGGUUCUGUUCUUAAUCUUCGAAUCCAUCGCCCGUGCAUCCACAAUGGAUAUUCUUGCGCCCGUGAUCAGCUCCUGCUCGCGAGAGCACCAGAAGAUUUACCAGGAAUGGUUCACUUUUGCGGAUUCAGACGGAGACGGACGCAUCACGGGGAAUGAUGCCAUCAGGUUAUUUGGAAUGUCCAAGCUUUCGCGCGCGGAGCUCAAACAGGUUUGGGCGAUAGCUGAUUCUAAGCGGCAGGGCUUUCUUGGUUUCAGUGAGUUUAUUACUGCAAUGCAGCUUAUUUCAUUGGCACAGGCUGGAAAUGAGAUUACACCUGAUAUGCUUAACAACACAGAUUUGCGAAGCUUAAAACCUCCAGAUAUGGAUGGUUUGGACGUAUUAAUUGCUAAAAACAGGCCAUCACCUAAGAAAAGCAGUCCGGAUUUAGAUGUUGCACCUGCUACCCAAGUAUCAUCAUCAACUCAAUGGUUCAACUCAAAAUCAACGAAGAAGAUUCCGUUAAGCUCUGUCACUUCCAUUAUUGAUGGUUUGAAGAGAUUGUAUAUUGAAAAAUUAAAGCCACUGGAAGUUACCUAUCACUUCAAUGAAUUUGUUUCUCCUUCGCUGACAAACAGCGACUUUGAUGCCAAGCCCAUGGUUAUGCUCUUGGGUCAAUAUUCAACUGGGAAAACCACAUUUAUUAAGCAUCUACUGGGAACUACUUAUCCAGGUGCUCACAUUGGACCUGAGCCUACAACUGAUAGAUUUGUUGUCGUUAUGGCUGGGCCUGAUGAGAGAAGUAUUCCUGGAAAUACUAUAGCUGUUCAAGCAGACAUGCCUUUCAGUGGUCUCACAACAUAUGGAACUGCAUUUUUAUCAAAAUUUCAGUGCUCACAAAUGCCACAUCCUCUCCUAGAGCAAAUCACCUUUGUGGAUACUCCUGGUGUUCUUUCUGGAGAGAAACAGCGUACCCAACGAAGCUAUGAUUUCACAGGUGUUACCUCUUGGUUUGCAGCAAAAUGUGAUCUUAUUCUUCUUCUGUUUGAUCCUCACAAACUUGAUAUUAGUGACGAGUUCAAGCGUGUUAUAAGUUCUUUACGUGGCCAUGAUGAUAAAAUACGUGUUGUACUUAACAAGGCAGAUCAAAUUGACACCCAACAGCUUAUGAGAGUUUACGGAGCAUUAAUGUGGUCACUUGGUAAAGUCUUGAAUACACCUGAAGUUAUGCGUGUUUAUAUAGGGUCAUUCAAUGAUAAACCAGUGAAUGAAGCAGCUGUUGGUCCAAUUGGGAAAGACCUCUUUGAAAGAGAACAGGAUGAUCUUCUUUCUGAUUUAAAAGAUGUUCCCAAGAAAGCUUGUGACCGCAAGAUCAAUGAAUUUGUAAAGCGUGCAAGGGCAGCAAAGAUUCAUGCUUACAUAAUCAGCCACCUCAAAAAGGAGAUGCCUUCAAUGAUGGGCAAGGCUAAAACUCAACAAAGACUUUGUGACAACCUGGAGGAUGAGUUCAUGAAGGUUCAAAGGGAGCACCAUCUUCCGGCAGGAGAUUUCCCAAGUGUCGAGCAUUACAGGGGGAUGCUCGGUGGCUAUAACAUCGACAAGUUUGAAAGGCUAAAGUCUAAGAUGAUUCAAGCUGUCGAUGAUAUGCUAGGAUAUGACAUCCCAGAACUUCUGAAGAAUUUCAGAAACCCAUAUGAGUAAUCUGUAUGCAACUUUGAUCUGACAUGCCUGUAUUCUGUUCUCUUCUAUGUGGCCUGUCUAAUUUUGGCCACCUCUGUAUUUGUUUUUGGCAUUUUUUGGUAGAAGGGUAGCAAUGGGACUGUGAAGGGGGAGGGCUGUUAUAUAUGUCCAAUAUUGUUGGUAUUACUUCAACAUUUUUUGUAGCUGUCUUAAAAAUUGUUAAGAGUUAUUUGGAGAGCUGAAUAAGUCUUAAAAGUAUGUACUAUAGGUUAUGUUUUUUGAUCAAGUGAAUCAUGGGUCCGGAAGUUCGCUUUUUGAUCCUGAGGUCAAAAGUAUUAUUUU